CACAGACCAAAUAAUUGUUUUUUUUUUUAUAAUUUUUAUAAACGUACCAUAAUUUUUAAUUUCAAAAUUAUCUUAUCAAGUGAUAAAUGAUGCUUUUGCAUAAGUAAAUCUGCAGGUGUAGCGGACUUAGAAGAUUUUUUGCGGCACUUUAUUUUUAAAUAUGGAAGCAAAUAGUGUUGUUCUAUGUGACAAUCUAAUAAAAUGGUUGCAGACUUUGAAUCUUAAUGCUAAACAUGGAACUCCAUCAGAGUUAUCAGAUGGUGUGGCAAUAGCAGAGGCGCUUACUGAAAUUGCACCUGAAUAUUUCUCAAGAACAUGGAAUUCCAAAAUUAAAACGGAUGUGGGCCAUAAUUGGAGACUGAAGGUUAGCAAUUUGAAGAAAAUACUUGAAGGAGUUGUUGAUUACCAUCAAGAUAUUUUAAAUCUAAGCCUGCAAGAGUUUUCAAGGCCUGAUGUGGUGAACAUCGCUGAACAUGCAGACCCAACAGAUUUAGGAAGGCUAUUGCAAUUGGUUCUGAGCUGUGCAGUCAACUGUAUUAAGAAAGAGGAAUACAUCACGCGAAUCAUGAAGUUGGAGUUUGCGUGCCAGCGCUCUAUAAUGCAAGCUAUACAAGAAUUGGAGAACAUAACACUGGGAACAAAUCGCAGCAGUAUACACUCGGAGACAACGAAUCCUGAUCAAACUGAUGCGGAUAUGAGAGAGAGAGAAGUGCUCGCGCAGAGAUGCCAUGAACUUGACGCACAGGUGAAGAUUCUGCAAGAAGAGAAAAUGACGUUACUCAGUGAGGUCAGCAGGCUGGCCGCCGCAAGGGAGGCGGAGUGUGACGCUAACGAUAGGGACCUGGACGAAGCUGGUGCUUCGUUGGGUCCCGCGCACCCUGGCACCCUACGCUAUAACAAGAUGAGAGCGCAGCUGGACGCGCUCAAGGAUGAACUGGACAAGGUGGAACUGCAGAGAGACGACCAGAGGGCCAGGGCCGAUACGUUGGAGAGGGAGUUAGCUGUCACUAAGCUGAGGAAUGAAGAGUUGCAGGUGGCCGCGUCAGAGAACGUGGUAUUGAAAGAUGAGUUGGACGCGCUUCGAGAGACCGCUGCCAAAGCGGCCGCGCUAGAGACAGCCGUCGCUUCCUACAAGAAGAGAAUGGAAGAGCACGUCGACUUGAGGCGACAGGUUAAGUUGUUGGAGCGCGCGAACACGGAGCACGUGCAGCGCGCCAUCGAGCACGAGCAAGCGGCCACGCGCGCGCACGCGCUACGUGCCCAGCUCGACAUAUACAAGAAACAGGUGACGGAUUUGAACGAAAAAUUGGACGCGGAGAUAACGAAAGCGGACAAGCUGGAAAUCGAGAACAAAAAGCUGAGCAGCCGCGCGGCGUCGCUGCAGCACGAGCGCGACACGCUACUGCACGAGCGCGACACGCUGCGGGAGACCGUCGACGAGCUGCGCUUCUCCACCAUUACUAAUGGCGCAAGUGAAGACAAUGUAUCGCGCGAGCUGACACGGAACGACUGCAAGGAACGCCUCAUCCGCCUGGAGCACGAGAACAAGUUGUUACGGCAGAACCAAGGCACGCAGGCGGACCAAGCUUCUGUACAGGCGUUGUUAGAAGAGUACGCGUCGCGGCUCGAGGCGCAGCGCGCUAAGAACAGAGAGGCCGCCGCUAAAAUCAUGCAGCUGGAAGCCUCGCUCGAAGCUCCCAAUCCGAGGCUCACGUCCGCCAUCGAAGACAGCCAGAGGAAAUCACUCCAAGUGGAGGAGUUGCAAUCUGCGCUGGCAGAGGAGAGGCGGCGCGCCAGUAAGCUGCAGGAGACACUUUCGGCGCGCGAGGCCGAGUUGCUAGCGACCGAGGACAAGUACAAGAAGUGUGUGGAGAAAGCCAAGGAGGUGAUCAAGACCCUCGACCCCAGGACCAAUAGUCAUCCGUCUAUCGAGACAACGUUGGGCAUUCAUCCACGCGGCGCUAGUGCGGGCGGGACCAGCACCAGCGGCUCUCGAGUGGAAGCCACGCCCCCGAACAAUAACAGGCACGAAUGGAGCGGAAGCGGCAGCGGGAGCGGGAGCGAGGAGAGCGGGCGCAGCGCGAACGAGCAGCGCCUGCUGGUGUCGGCGUGGUACCAGCUCGGGGCCAGGUGUCACCGGGACGCCGUCGAGUCGAGAUUCGCGAUACUGUCCGCGGGCCACUCGUUCCUCGCUCGUCAGAGGAGGCAGCCGGCGCGGCCGCGGGCCGUGCCCGCCACGUCCGCGGCAGCACCGUCGCAAUGACGCGCGCCGCCGUGACGCACGCCGCGCGUCUUCUACGAGAACAUCUCGCACACCGUCGCCGUGGACGUGGACCAGCUGCAGUGACACCGGCGCGACUCUGUGACUGCGUCACGUGCGUCAUUUGUUAUUUGUGUUAUGUAAACUCAUUCGUAAGAGCUUCAAAAGUUAAGCACAUGUUCCAUAAUUGUACUUUGGAUAUAAGGGACUGUGGCACUUACGUCUGUGACAUCGAUAUAAUACACACAUCCUUCAUUUGUUAUUUGUGAGUAAAUCAUUCGUUGGAAUGUCAAAAGUUGAGCAUAAAGAUGUUCCAUAUUUGUACUUUGGAUAUAAGGGUCUGUGACUCAUGUCUGUGACAUCGAUAUAAUACACACAUCCUUCAUUUGUUAUUUGUGAGUAAAUCAUUCGUCGGAAUGUCAAAAGUUGAGCAUAAAUAUGUUCCAUAUUUGUACUUUGGAUAUAAGGGACUGUGGCUCUUAUGUCUGUGACAUCGAUAUAAUACACACAUCCUUCAUUUGUUAUUUGUGAGUAAAUCAUUCGUUGGGAUGUCAAAAGUUGAGCAUAAAGAUGUUCCAUAUUUGUACUUUGGAUAUAGGAGUCUGUGACUCUUAUGUCUGUGAGAUCGAUUUAAUACAGACAUCCUUCAUUUGUUAUUUGUGAGUAUAUCAUUCGUUGAAAUGUCAAAAGUUGGUAUUAAAGAUGUUCCAAAUUUGUACCUUGGAUAUAUGGGUCUAUGACUCUUAUGUCUGUGACAUCGAUAUGAUACACACCUCUGAUAUUCGUUGCCAAGACCAUGGUCUGCGGCCUUAUUAUGUAUCUCAGUGUACCAUUCAAACAAUGAGUCACUACAUCGAUUUUCGUCGUAUUUUCGUUUUUGUGAUCAUCCAAUAUAGUUAUUUCUACGAAAUUACCUUGACCACAUCAUUUUACAUCAAGUGGCAAUGAUGUUUUGUUUUAACAAUCGUCUAAAAUAAAUAUUUCAACAAAAUAACGUAAAUAUCAGUUUCUCGUUAAAAUAACGUUACUACCUGCUACUACCACUGCUAGACUAAUGUUACUGUACGUAAAAUGACGAUUAUUGUGUCAUUUCGUUGAAAACACAAUGUUAGAUUAUUGCAAAAACGAAAAUACGAUGAAAAACGAUGUAGCGACUGAUUACUUGAAUGGUACACCAAGUUACAUAAUAACCCUGCUGAAGUACAGUCGUUCACGUAGGAAUUUUAAAUUAAACUCAUGGUUGUAUUGCAUCUAAUGGUCCCCGCUACAAUCACAAUAAUAUUGACAAUAAAGUAAUGUUAUGUCGUACCCCUAACAAUAUAAUGUUUAUAAUAUUGCCGGGGUACGACUAAAGGCAACUUUACCCUACUUUAUUGACAAUAAAUUAACAAAAUUAUAGCGUGUGUGCGGCUAGCUAAUAGCUGCGUAGGCGGUCUAUGACUUUGAAGUUGUAACAAUAUGCAUUUUAUGACGUCAAUUUUGACACAUCUUCAUAUUGUGUCAAAAUUGACGUCAUAGUAUUUUAAUGUCAACUAUACGGACAGGGAUAGUCGACACUCAUGUUAGUUUAUGCUCACUCUGUUCUACAGUUUUGAAGUUAUUUAUUAUGGUGCAUUUUUGUUAUGUGUAAGAACUACUGUGUAUUGUUACGUGUAAUAAUAUUAUUUUUAGUUUGAGAGACUAACUACACUUAUCCAGUUAAUUUCAGAUUUUGAACAUUGAAACAGUUUUUAUAGAUUUGUCUUUCACCUUUCACAGUAGUUAAUAGUUUUAGUAUUGUACAUGAAAGCGUCCGUCUGGAAGGUACUACAAUACCUACAACCGUCAUAAUUCGUCUUUAAUUGUGUAGGUCUGAACCUGUGAAGGCUAUGGUUGCCGUUGAAAUUAAUCCAACUAAGAUUAGCACUACAAGCUACAGGAUGUAUAACAAAGUUUUUAUGAUGUUCCAGCAAUUUUAUUUUAUCAGGUAACAUGACUGUUUUCCAUUUAACAUCAGGUGGGUCAUCAAACAUAUAUUUAUUUAUUAGGUCCUGAAAAAGACAUUAUAGAAUAAGAAUAAUAAGUGUUUUAUUAUUGACGUCUCCUUCACAUAUUACCAACUUAUUAAUAUCUUAAAAAUAAUAGAAACAUUUCAGCAGCGCACGUGAUCGUUGACUUUAGUCGUCCAUUGCAAUAGUUGGUUUCACAAAUUAUAAUUGUACAACGAAACUCGAACGAAACCGAAUAAGUGUAAUUAGUCCCUAAAAAUGUUGAAAGUGAAAAUAGAAUAUAUAAAGUAAUUGAACACAGAUCAAGUAUAACGUUCUAUUAAAAUUACAUAUUAUGUAGGAUAUAGAUAGAUAGUAAUGUAUGCAACAUUGACCUAUUACCAAACAAAAUAAUGAACAAACGGUAGGUAGAUAUAAAACUUGUGUAAUUCAUUAAUAAAAUAAUAUAUUUUGUAUUAAGUAUUAGCUAAUUGUGAUGUUUUACGUUAAUAAUCAUAAAUGUAGAUAUAAGAGUAACCAUCAGUAAUAGGGUAUAUUCGUCCAUUUCUCAUUUCGAAUUAAGGCUACGUUUACAUUGGUACAAUUUGUUUAUGCUCAAAAAGGUUUAUCAUAUUAUUGUCAUCACAAAACGCUAUUUUUGAUUAAUAUUUGUACUGUAAAGAAGUAUAUGAACAAAUAACGAGAAAAGGCGAUUUUAUGCCGCGUACCGUGCAGAACUAUGGUACAAAAAAGAAUGAACGUAUUUUAAGGCCGAAAUUAUAGUCUCAAACUGUUGCAAAUAAUAAGGAACCAGCUGGAAGAAUCAGCUGAACCGGAAGAUGUCUACUGGUAAAAAAUAGUUAUUUUUUUUACUAGUAUAUUCGUACAGUACAUCGUAUUUACGUCUCUCGUAAUCUCUUCAUCUAACAUUUUCCAACGAAAUGACAUAAUUAUAGUCAUUUUACGCACAGUGGCAGUAGUAGGUAUAGUAGUAGCAAAUGGUUACGUUAUAUUAACGAAAUCUGUUAAUGUAAUUUCGUUGAAAUAAAUCAUGUUAGAUGAUCAUAAAUUCAAAAAUCAUUACCACGUGAUGUAAAAUGACGGCCAUUUCGUUGAAAAACAAAAAUAUGAUGAAUAAUGGUUUGUGAAGUAGCUAAAUAAAUGCUAAUAAUAACUUUUAUUCGAAUGCAAAGUUUUUGUACUGCAUGUAAACGCACCUUAAAUGCAAUUUCAUAAAUUAUUAUAAGUGAUUGUGAUUACUUGAUUACAAUUUGAAAUUCAAUAAAAUGCAAUACAAUUAAUAUUUUAGUUAAAAUUCUUUAUCGCACAUGAUAAUAAGAUUUGUUUUUUAUUAUUAUUAUUUUUAAUUUAUGUAUGGAGCGUGAUUUAAUGUUUAUAAACAUUUUAUAAUUUAUUAUUAUUAGUUAAAAUAAAUUUUCUAACUUUUA